AUGCGGAAUUUCUCUCUGAUUCUGAGCCAGAAGUUGAACCUUGUCUAUGACGAUGCUAGUUUGGAAGCAGAUUUCGAAGAGAUACGGUACUACCACGCCGACAUGGAAGAAGAAAUGAAGAAGUCUAUCUCAGAAGUCUUGGAUGUUUCACAAAGAGUGCCGCAUUUCAUUACAUUUAGUGAAGCUGCAACCAAUGAAAAUGCACGUGAUGAAAUAGAAAUAGCUGAAGGACACAUAACUCCCGUAACUAAAGAAGAUGAAAAAACAUUCAACGACAGUUCUAUUACAGUUCAAGAAGUUAAAGAACCAGAAACCGAAACUAAGUUAGAAAUUGAAGUUAAAGCACAUGGCCUGAAUCGCGUUGCUGAGACUAAACGGCUGCAAUUUCCACUUGUUAAUGAGUUGAUUAAAAAUGGAAAAAGAUUUCAUAAAGAUCCUUUAAGGGUGCAACUUUUUAGAUACAGAUUCCCUAACACUCCAUUACUACCGGAACUAGUGUUAACUCUGUGGGGUACAUGGUUAGAUGCAGCUUUAUACUACACCGAAUAUUUCGAAGAUUUUAAAAGCUUCGUAUUGGAACUUACAGAUAGUGCUAGCAAAUCGAUAAAAGAUUGUCAGGAUGUUUUAGGUGAAACAGAAUUACAAAACAAUCUUGCUCAAAAUGAUUCGAUAGAAGAAACUAAUAAUGGGAAUGAUCAGAACGAAAGCUGGACUAAAGUUUUCAACUGCGGCACUGAAACAUUAUUACAAAUUAUAGAUACUGCAAAUGAUAUUAAAAAAGUAGAUAUUAUUCCUGGAAUAAGUUUGGUGAGCAAUGUUGGUAAUGCUAGGACAGCGAAAGAUUUGGUAUAUCCAUAUAACUACACCAACCUGCCUACUGAUCCUUCUGAAAGGAAAAAAGAACUUACAGAUUUGCUCAUUAAAGCAAUUCAAAGACUUUUAUCUACCAAAAUUCUUCAACUGCGACUACCAAAUUAUACGACCACAAAUGUUUCACAAUCUUUAGAGGAAGCUAGAGCUAAAAUGAAGAGAAUGUCAUACCCAUCGUGGAUGCUUGGUGUAGGAACAAUGGCCCUAACUCUUACACCUCUAUUGCUUGGAGGACUUACCUUGCUUUCAGUGAAAGCCUUAGUCGUAGCAAAAAUAGCUCUCUUUAUUGUACUGGUGGUUCAAUUCUUUUCAUCUGGAAUGCAGAUUCCAACACCUACGGCCUACAUACCUACAUAUUUUAGCUACGGGCAUGGACAUUCCUCUCUCCCUUAUCCCUAUAUACCGACUACUAACCAAGGUGGAGGAGGAGUGAAUUCGUUAGGAGGUUGGAAUUCCAACGGUGGCUGGAGCCAGGACAAAAGUUACAAUCUAAGAUAAUUAUCCACAUCAUAUAAAUAAAGCAGUAACAAAAUGAAAAAUGUAUAAUGUAAUAUGUAGUGAAGUAUAGAGCCAUUGAUAAAGAACCUUAUUAGAGUAGUCUGUGAAGUAAAAAUUACAUUUUCUUCUUCUUCUUUUGGCAUCAUAA